CGUCGCGCGCUGAGUUUAUUUGUUGAGCGCUCUUCUUGUUUUAGAUACGCGACAAACUGACUUGUUCUUAUAAACAACGACGCAAUCAUGUUUUCCAAUCAGCAGCACCGUGUUCUUGACCAGCCCUUCACCAUGAACCAGCAAGUAAGUGAAUCGAUGGGCCAAGCAACCCAUCACAGCGCUGGCAACAAAACGGACACAGACCCAAACAUUGAAGGCGCGUGGAUUCUACGACAACCCUGGCACCCAAACCUGCCCUUUGAUCGACUACAGAUAGGUGGAUCAGCUCAACUUCCCAACUAUAGCAAGCAGCAACUUAAGGCUUUUGUUAAGGAUGUCGAAGCAGAGGAACCUAUGCAAUAUGAGGAGGAGAUCGAUGACAAUGCCAUAAUCAAAUUUGUAGCCAGACCGCAUGUGGAGGCUAUUCGAUACGCAGUCCACGCAACAGCAGUUCAACCUCCCUCAAGCCCCCCGCGCCUCGUCAUGUUUACAGAUGGAUCUCUUAAAUCCACGUACAAUAUUGGAUGUGGUAUUACUUAUAAGCGUACCUACGUCGCUGACCGCGACUGGAUCGACGCGGCCUAUGGAUCCAAGGGAAUUUCCAAGGGCCUAGAGCACGAAGUCACAGCACUGCACAGAGGGUUGUGGAUAGCCUAUUACGAGAUGAUGGACUGGGCCGGACGAGUUCCCAACCCUCGUAAUGGCGGUCGGGCCACUCCGCCAACGGUAAUAAUCAUAACUGAUGGCCUUUCCGGAAUCCAGCGCUUGCAUUACAGCUAUUGCUACACCAAGGUCGAACCUAAACCGCGCGAUGAGGGUUUAAUCCACCAAUAUUUGGUCUAUCCUCUUGAGAAGCUCGUGAAUCUCGGCAGCAAGGUCGAAAUCCACUGGACACCAGGACAUGUCGGCAUUGAAGGCAACUCCCGAGCUGAUUCGUUAGCCUCGAUAGGAGCUGAUUAUGCCAUCAAAUAUUCCCGUUCAACCGGCCGUGGUAUUAUAAAUUUGAUGCUUCCAUUCUCAAACCAGUUGUCGGGUCAAAAGGCAAGGGAAGCAUAUCCGUUUCACUUGGGCAAUCCCAUGAAUGAUCUCAUCCAUUGGCGCAAAGAAGAAACGAGGAUGGCUCUCCGAUUUGUAUUAAAUUCAGGAGGCUCUACGAAUUUUCUUGCAUGGCUAGCCAAAGCUGGCAUAUCUCGCAAUAUGAGCAAGACCACACAGAUGGUUAUCAAGAAGAAGCAGGUGACUAAGGCGAUGGAAACCAAAAUGAAGGCAGCAAAGCUCCUUAGGAAGGCUGGUAAACUGUUCGAGGAAGUAUUUCCACCUAAGGAUAACCGCGACGGUGGCACUCGGCAGUCAAAAAGAAGAGCACACGACGAGGCUGAUGUUGACGACCUCGAUGACUUGAUACCUCAACCCAAAAGGGUCAAAGCUGACGAUCCUGAUGAUGUUGACCCAAACUGCAUUAUGCAGGGGUUAUAA